AGCCGGGAAGUGAGCGCGGCGCGGGCCGGACCCCCGACAGCUCCCGCUCGGCGCCGCGCGGCCGAGGGGAAACGGAGGCCGGAGGCAGCGGGCCGGAGUCUGGGCGCGGGGAGCCGAGCGGGCGGCCCCCCGGCAGCGCUUGGGGUUCGGCUACCGGGUCAGCGGGCGGCGGCGGCGGGCGGCUCCGGCCCCGGCCUCUCGGUCCAGAGCCUUCCGGAACAGCAGCUGCAGCAGCAAUGGCCCCGCCCUGGGUGCCUGCCAUGGGCUUCACGCUGGUGCCCAGCCUGGGGGGCUUCCUGGGCUCCUACUUUGCCCGCGGGGAGGGACUCCGCUGGUACGCCAGCCUGCAGAAGCCCUCAUGGCACCCGCCCUACUGGACGCUGGGCCCCAUCUGGGGCACGCUCUACUCGGCCAUGGGGUAUGGUUCCUACAUGGUUUGGAAAGAGCUAGGGGGCUUCUCGGAGGAGGCCGUGGUUCCCCUGGGCCUCUAUGCUGGGCAGCUGGCCCUGAACUGGGCGUGGCCCCCCAUCUUCUUUGGUGCCCACCAAAUGGGCUGGGCCCUGGUGGACCUCCUGCUCACAGGCGGGGCGGCCACUGCCACGGCAGUGGCCUGGCACCAGGUGAGCCCGUCGGCCGCGCGCCUGCUGUACCCGUACCUGGCCUGGCUGGCCUUCGCGGCUAUGCUCAACUACUGCGUGUGGCGGGACAACCGCGGCCGGCGCAGUGGCCGGCGGUCCCCAGAUUGAGGGUGCCACCCGCCGAGCACUGUGGCCACUGCCUGCCACCCACCAGGAGCCGUCGGUGGUGGCCACCAGGCUCUCAUGGCCACUGGGCCUGUUGGUCCAGCUGGAUCUCAGCCGGGAGCCACCAGCAGCUUGUGCCAUCC